AUGCAAAUUGGAAAAUUUAAAUUAGAUCAUUUAGUUGAAAAAAAUAAUGAAUGCAUAAUUUAUAGGGGUAGUAAUUAAGAGGAUAAAUUCAUCAUAAUAUAAUUGAAUCGUGUAAUUUGUCAAAUAAUAUAUUAGUAACCAUUAUUGAAGGUUGAAUUGUUUAACAAACAUUUCCAAGAAGAACUUAAAUUGCUAUUCAAAUACUGUUAGAAGCCAUAAAUAAUUCCUACAGAUUUUCCAUUUCAAAUACCUGAAUCUGAAACUCUAGAUUCAGAGUUAAUUGAAUUUCCUUAAAUAAUUGAAAUACAUCAGACAGAAACCCAUUAUUAUUUCAUCUUAGCCAAUUGUCUGCAGGGUUAAAUAUUAACUUAGGAAGUUGAUCAUCCAAAGUAUAUCAGUACUGAUAUUAUAUUAUAGAACAUUUUUACAGAUUUACACACUUUAUGAUUAUUAUUAUUAAGAAUACUUAGAAGGAAGAAUAAAAGAUCGAGAUUUUGCUUUAAUGAGAAUAUUCAGGAGCCAAGAUAAAUUGACAUUGAUAGAUUUUGGUUUUGCAUGUUUGUAAAAAUAAUUACCCAAAAAGCCUUGGUAAGUGAAGUUAGGUGAACUCUUUAACAGUUUGACGUAAUUCAAAGCAAAAUUAAAAGGAAAAAAUUUAAUAAAUACUCUGUUGGCAGGAAAGAUAAAAUGGGAAGAAAUUAGAGAUUUUAUCAGCAUCUCCUUUGGAUUGAAUGAAAUCGAUUAAACUCUCUAAGAAAAUUAGAGUGAUAGAAAUAGUAAAAUAACAAGAUAAAAUUCAAUUCACACAAAACAAUAGACAUAAACAUUGAGUAUGUUCCCAUAAGAAAUUAUUACCUUGAAUUAAAAUUCAUCUAGAAAAGCCUCUCCAUAUAACCAUAGCCAAAAACAAUAAUCAAGAAAUUCCACCAUGAUGUAAACUAGAAUUAUAUCUUAUGGCAAUUAAUAGAAAGAGCACUUUUAGAAAAUAAGAUAAUCAUUGAGUCCAGGAUUUAGUGCAACAAAUAGAUAUCCUUGUAGAAUAUUUUAAAUUGAACAGGCUAUAUAAGAGACAAGUCCAUAAGCAAGAUCGGUUUCAAGGAAGGCUUAACAUUUGAGCAACAAUCAAAAGCAACCUAUAACCAAACCUUUAGAAAACUAAUAUGAAUAUAGGAACAGAUCAACUCCAAGAGAAUAAAUUCAAUAUGAAUAAAAUCAAAUACAACAGUUAAUGGGAGAUCAAUAUUUACCAAUACAAGAAUAAUAGAAAUAAAUUUAAAGAAAAUUAAUUUCCAUUACAACAAAUUAGUCUUAAUAUGAAGCAUCUUCAUAUGCACCCACUUUGAUUCAAAGAGGACAAUCUUUAAAUGAGAAAUAAGAUGGGUAAUUCUAAUAAAACAAUCAUGAACUUAGACCUAAAUCAAGUAGAACUUAAGAUUAAAAAUAAGAACUCAAAACACUCCUUAGAACUUCUACGAGAGAACUGUAACAACCUGCUUAAAUAAAUAAAAAAUCUACUUAAGAAUAUCCAGUCAACCGAACAAUAAAUUAUUCAGAUACACAAUCAUUAUUUGAUAACUUAGAAAUUAAAUAAGUCAGAAAACCACAAUCAAGAAGGAAUUCAAUAAGAAAAAGUAGCACUAAUAGUAUCGAAAAUAUAGAGUUAUCAAACGGGAGUACAGCAAAUUAAUAGAGAUUAAUAAUUAACAAUAAUUUAUAGAAUAAUCGGUAGAUGUUCAAAACCCCUAGAGAUCAAAGAUAAAUGCAGUAUUCUUUUCAAAAUUCUCCUAUCGAGAACCCACAUAUCAAAAAGCAAAAUCCAAUAAUGGCAUAAUAAUAAUAUUAGUAAUACCAGGAUGAUGUUUAGAAUUUUUAAUAAAAAUCAAAAAAAAACAGUGCAGAAGAAGAUAAUUAUGAGGUUUGUAGUUAUCAGCCCUCUUUUGAAUAACAUUAAAAUAAAUCCAAAAAUUAGGAAAAUGUUGUAUUAAUCAAGAAUAAUAAAUAAAAAGAAAUUGAAAUUGAAAAAUAUAUUGAUAAUGUUGAGCAAAUCUAGUAAAAUAAACAAUAUCAAUUCCAAAUGUCAGAGAAAAAUGAAAUUCCUUCUUUUUGCUAAGAAAAAUAGAAAUCAAAUAAUCAAGAAAUCAUCUCCCAGUAACAGAGAACACAGAAUGAAGUUUAAAUCAUAAAGUCCCCAAAUUAGGAUUAACGUAUUACAGUUGAAUCUGUGGAUGAAUAUUAUAAAUAACCAAUAAUAAAGAAAUAAAACUCAUUUAAGUUGCCUCCAACCCCAAAAGCUGAUAAAGCAACAAAGGAGUAAUUUAAAAUUGAAUUAUAACAAAAUAAUUACUUAUAAGAUAACCAAUAAAAGGAAAAAAGUAUCCAAUAAAAUGAAAAUGUGCAAAAAUUAUAAAAAAUUGAAGACACUCCGAAAUCGAAUUUAAGAUCAAAUCUAAAUGAUAUCGAAGUUGCUCAAUUGAACAUUUAAGAAGUAAAGGUAAAAUUAGAUGAAAAUGAAGCCAGACGAAUAGCCUAAAUUUAUGAAAAUUAGCUAAAGUAAUAAUUUUAAUUUAAAUAAGAAAGUAUGAUAUAAUAGGAAAAAUGGUAGGAGGGAAUGUAAAAUACUUUUAAGCUUUAAAAAACUUUUGGAUAGUUCCAUUAUUUCUAUGUUUUAAAAGAAUGGUGAGUUUUAGGAAACUAUAUGAGGAAGGAUUAAAAGAGAGUGUCAAUUUUUUUGAUCUUGAUAUGGAGAAAGUAAAUUAAGUAGAUAAGAUAAAAAAUCUAUAAAAUAAAUUAACAAAUGAUAACAAGAUAGUUGUAUAAGAAUUGGAAUCCUUAUACACAUAGUGUUAAAAGACAUCUUAAAAGUUUGACUCUAAAGUAAUUUAUAGAUCAAAAUUUAUUAUAGGAAUUAGCAAAGAUCUAAAAAUUUUUAAAUAUGGACAUACAAUAGGACAUCAAAGACAUUUAUUUUGUUUAUUUGUACACUUAAAUAUUUAGGACUUUAUAAACUCUAAGAAUCAAAUGCUAAUCCGAUAAUUAAAAAACAAAAGAAAAUUUGGUAUUGUAAGCCAGUUGUCUAGCAUCAUUAAUAAUAAGCGAAAUGCCUUUCAGCAGCGACAAGAAGUUCUUUGAUUUAGAUGAAUUUGAAAAAGUUACUGAGAGCUAAUAAUAUAAUUAACAAUUGUUAGAACAAUAUAUAAAAACAAAGGAUGAAGUUAUUGGACAUCUCAAAAAAAGAUUGAUCACCAAAGGAAUAAAGAUUUGA